CGUGACUUGCCAUCCGCUUUAUAGUGCUAGUGCUUGUGUAUGCUUUGAGCGCAAGGCGCGGGCAACAAUAAAGAUUUUUUUUAUUUCAUCCUGCAUUUAUUUAAAAGUAUCCAUGUUUUUCAAUAAAAGUACAACACCAUGAAGUGGCGUCAUACGCAGCAAACAAAGGAAUAACAACAACAUUUGCUUUGCUAUUAUGUUAGUUGUUAUUUGAGCGUGUGAACAGCAGCAAAGAUAAAGGCAGAGACAGACAGCGAGAAAGAAAGAGAGUGUAUGUGUGUGCGAUAACAACUGGAAAACGACGCUUAAAAGUAUGCAGCGAAAAAUUGCAUUGUCUGUCAAGGACAAAACAAAACGUACUGCCAUGUAGCGCCUAGCGUGCAUCCUGUCCGUGUGCGUGUGUGUGAGUGUGUGUGAGUGUGUGCAUGUGUGUGUGCUCAAAGUGAGGCAGCAACAGCAGCAGCAAGGCUAGAAAGUAGCACAAGCCAACCAGCAGCAAAAAUACACACAGAAACAGCAAAAAAACAGAAAGAAAAAAAGCAUAAUAAAAAUAAAACAAAGCUAAGCCAAAGGACAAAUCACAUCACAAACGACAACAACAACAACAACAAGAACGGAGGCUGCAACACACUCGACCAUCCAAACGCCCAAGCAGCAACCCCUGGGGUUAGCAAAUCAACCCCCAUUCCUGGCAUCCCCCAAAAAAAUAACCGACGACAUUUGGCGCCAGUUGAACAACAAAGCCAGCCAGUAACCAUGUGGCUACAUUCUUCGAUAAUGCUGCCGCUGCUCCAACCCGUGCUGUUGCUGCUGCUCCUGUUGCCGUUACCCCUUCAUGUGAUGGCGCGCUUCUGCGAGGGCGGCAACAUCUGUUCGCUGCCACGUGAAUGCUGCACCCAAGGCUGCUGUCCGCCGUACCAGGGUGGACCACGACAGCUAGUGCCGCCGCCGCCGCCGUCGUCGGAGCAUGUGCUCAACCUGUUCUUCAUUAGUCACUGGUUCUUCUGGUGCGUGGUUGUUGCUGUCAUCUUGGCCAUACUUUGCGCCUACUCGCUGUGGAAAAAGCGACGCACACUUUGCGGCUGGGGCUUUAAUGAGCAUCACACCCAAUCCGAGGGAGAUUCCGCCGGAUCGUGCUAUGCGCCGCCUCAAUACAGUCGCUGCAAUUCGUUUCAUCAUCCGCCGCCGCCAUACACUGAGGUCACCUCCAAACCGGAUCUCUAUCCGCUUGUCUUCAGCUGCAACAGCGACAAUGGAAAGGGUAACGCCGGCUCGAGCUACCUCAUGGUGCAGUACUUCCGGAACUAUAUAGUGCGUCCGGCUGGCUCCUUGAGCGCGGCCAGCACAGUGGACUCGCUCAGCUCCAGCUUCAUAUGUCAUGCCAAUGAGGCGAAUACACUGGUGCCGCCGCCUUAUUCGCGUGCCGCCAGCCCAGAGCUGGGCAUGCACACGCUUCAGCUGGGCGCCACUCAAUACCACGGACUGCCACGGUCCGCCUCUCAGCUGGUCGAGACGGAGUACCAGCCGCGUCAGGCGCUGCAGGCGCACUACGCCAUUGCCCCAGGCAGCGCCACGCCCCAUUACAGCACGCGGCUGCACGCCUCGCACAGCGGCCACUGCUCGCCGGCUGAUUCGAUGGAAGCGGGUGGAGGAGGCGGCGCUUUCCUGCAGUCGCAAAGCGAUCAGCACUUCCGCUAUAUGGGCAACAGCAGCAGCAGCCUCAGUGAUAUAUUUGUGAACAACAGCUGUGUGGCAGGACUCAGUGGCGCUGGCGCUGGCGGUGGCACUGGAGUUGGCGUUGGUGCCGGCGCCGCAGCAGUCGAUGGGGCAAGUCAGGCGGCCUCGCUGUGCAGCCUACAGACGCAGCCUGUGAUCUAUAGUCAUGGCAGCAUACAGCCCAAUCCGCUGCAUAGCCUGGAGAACUGCUGCCAGCUGGCUGCCACGGCGGGUGUGGGCGUGGCAGUGGCUCCUGCGCCCAACAGCGCCAGCACGGUAAGCGGCGUCAGCAGCCUUGCGAACGUUGGCACGCCAGGUUCGCCGCCACAGGCCACCAGUCCGACAGGCGAGGUGCGCGAGAUUCUCGACCAGAUACGUCAGCUCCAGGCGGGAGUUAGCUAUGAGCAGCUGCUGCUUAACGGUGGCGCCAAGCCUCGACUGCAACACACGCUGUCCACGCCAAUGCCACAGCAGCAGCAACAGCAGCAAUCUGCAUCCUCCACCUCCGCUUCCACUUCCGCUUCCAGCUUUGCAGCUGCAGCUGCAGCCGCCGCCGCCGCGGGCAGCAAAAGCAAAAAGUUUUAUGCGCCGCCUAAGCCGCCCAACAAGGCGCUCUAUAUACCGAUGGCAGCGUUGGCCACACCCGCUGCCCAGCGCUGUGUGCUCAAGAGUCCCGUCAGCAGCGUCGUCAGCGGCGCCAGCUUCUUUGUGAACCGUGGCCGCGUCGCACGCAAGGGCUGGAUCUCACGCUCGGCUCCGACGACGCCCGGCAGCAGCUUGCCGCCCAAUCGCCUGGGCGAUGAUAGUCCGCUGCUGAAUGAGCAUGACGAGGAUGCCAUCGAUGAGUCCGGCCCGGAGGGUGAGCAGCUGGAAUAAUGCCGGCAGCUGGGUUAGGGUCAGCCUUAGUUGUAAGCUGCGAACGAGAAAUGUUUUUGUAGUAGUCAAAAUGCUUACCAGAAAUACCAAAAUUUCAAAUUAAUUACUUAUGCGGAUUUUCAUUCUGUUUUGGAACCGUUUCAGUAUUUCAAAAAAAAAAUACCCAAGUCAAUUAGCAAAUUAACAGGGUAUUUUCCCAAGAGCUGCUUCCCCAGAUAUUUGUUUUUGGUAUUUUUUGGUUAUAGUGAUAAAAAAAACAAAUGCACAAAUUGAAAACAAAUAUGUGUUAAUGCAUUAAAUGUUGGGCUUCACACACUGCAAAUGAUCGAUCGUGUUCCUACAAACAAAAACAAAAAUGAAACACAAUUAAAAUUAAAAACAAGCAAGCCAUAAAGUUAUAAAAACACACGGCAGACAACACUUUUUUUUAAAUAAAAAAAACUUAGCUAAGACACAAACCAAAUACAUGUGCUUCUUGAAAACAAAAAUAAUAACAAACCAAUCCAAGUAGAGAGCUUAGAUAAAUAGUUUACAUUGGGUUUAUUCUUCCGCAGGAAUAUUAGAAAAACUGUUUAGGCAUUCAGGAAUAAUAACAACAACAAAAUCUAUAUGAGACUUGAACAAAAAUCAAUAAAAAUUGAGAGAGCAUUAAAUAAAUGAAGCAAACAAAAGGAAAGCGUUAGAAUGCAGCAGUGCCUUUCGACUUAAAAUAAAACAAAAAAGUAUAUACAGAUAUAGCAAAAACGAAAUAUUAAAUUUAA